AUGAGAACUAAAGUUUUAGCUGAUGUUGCUAAGUCUUUCAUGAAAGAUUAUCGUGAAUCAGGCUUACGAACGGUAUGUACACCGUAUAUGCACUUAAUCGGAACUUACUUAGCUGAACAAGAUCAGCAUGAACAUUUGCCUUCAUAUGACAUGCAGGGUGUAGAAAAAUCUAGUGAUCUUCUUUCUCGUCUAUAUUUUUCAUCGAGCAAUAGAGCUAAAAAACCAUUUACAACUAUGAUUCAAACGUUGUAUUGUAGACUUGAAAUGAACCUUGCAGAUCCAAAUGAUCGAGUAGUUAUGGGCCGAUAUGUUCGAACAGGAGCAUUUAAUGAAGCCGAUAUUGAAGAAGAUGAAUCUGCUAAAGAAAGUUUGAGUUCUUCUUUAAAUCUAAAUGAAUCGAACGAAUCUUCAUCUGACACUACUGAAGAUGAAGAGAUAAACAGUAAUCAAGAAAAGAAAGAAUUUGAUUCAGUGCCAACCUUUAUGUCAAGAAAUAUUUUUCAAGUUAAGCCAAGAGAAAAUCGUUGGAAGAGUUUUAAGAGGAGACAUAAUUAA